AUGGAACACUGCCUCGACGAGUUAAGAGAUGAGAUCUGUAUCCCUUACCUGGACAAUGUGAUCAUAUUUUCCAGCUCUUUCACUGAACACAUAGAACACUUACGUAAAGUGCUCAGACGGUUGCGAGAGUGGGGAGUCAAGCUUAAACCAAAGAAAUGUAACUUAUUUAAACAAGAAGUCUCAUUCCGUGGUAGAUUAGUAUCGCAGAACGGGUAUUGCAUGGACCCUAAGGCAACAAGCGCAGUUCAGAUGUGGAAACAUACAACACCGUCUACUGUUGGUGAUGUUCGAAAGCUGGUGGGUUUGCUAGGUGUUUGCCGGAGGCAUAUUAAGAACUUCUCACAGCAAGCAAAACCAAUCUACCAUCUGUUGAAGGAAGAUAACGGUAAAGUUGGAGAGAAAAAGAACGUACGAUCUUCUUGUAAUCUAGUGCAGUGGACCUCAGAACAUCAGAUAACCAGAGUAUAAUGCGCCUUUCAUAGUUCACACAGAUGCCUCCCAGGAAGGCCUUGGGGCGGUACUUUACCAGGAACAGCAAGGAACAAUACGUGUAAUUGCUUAUGCGUCUAGAACAUUAACUCCAGCGGAGAAAAAUUAUCAUCUGCACAGUGGCAAGUUGGAGUUUCUAGCCUUAAAGUGGGCAGUAACUGAACACUUUAGAGAUUAUUUAUACUACACCCCAAAGUUCGUGGUGUAUAUGGACAACAACCCUUUGACAUAUGUACUUUCAUCUGCAAAGCUAAAUGCGACUGGACUUCGAUGGGUAGGAGAGUUGUCGGAGUUUAAUUUCGAAAUUAAAUAUCGUCCCGGUAGAGUUAACGUCGAUGCUGACUGCUUAUUAAGACCACCGCCAGAUAUACAAAAGUAUAUGGAACGUUGCAGUGUCAAGAUUUCGCCUGACGUUAUUCAAGCUACUAUCUCGCGGUUAAAGCACAAGAAACGGGUGACGUUGUCUGGAUAACAGCCGUAACCGCUGAUGAGAAAGAACUACAGCCUGAUAAAAACUAUGAGGCAAUGCCUGCUGGCACAAGUAAACUAAAGGUCGUGGACAUAGUCAAAGCACAACACGAGGACGCUACAAUAGCUCGCGUUUUACAACUCUUAAAGACCAAUCAUAAACCUUCUGUAACAGACAUACGCCGAGAAACACCACAAGUUCGAAAGUACCUCUGUAAAUGGCAUCAGUUAAAUGUGAACAAAAAGAACGGCAUUCUAUACCACAAAGAACAGUUGGUACUACCCCACAAGUUUAAGCGCAUGGUUUACAGAGAACUUCACGAAGAAAUGGGACACCUAGGCAUAGAACGAGUAUUAGAUCUUGCACGUCAGCAAUUCUUUUGGCCGAACAUGCGAAAGGACAUAGAAUAUUUUAUCCAUCACGUCAGCUGA